AUGGAUGUUGCAUGUCCCUGUGUACUGCCAAGGUUCUUCAACCUCCAAAAGUCCAUCGAAGCCCUCCACCACGACGGGAUCGUCGUCCUCAAAAAUGCCAUCCACCCAGCACACCUAGACAAGCUCAACGCGCGCAUGGUCCCCGAAGCCGAACGCCUCUAUGCACGUACAGAAACCCACCGAAACUUCGGCCCGCACACGGGAAACAUCCAACAAGAGCCCGUCUGCGAAGCAGAAUACAUCUUCGAAGACGUCAUCGCCAAUCGCUUCGCGACAUCCGUGAUCGAAUGCAUGGUUGGUCCGAAUCCCGCCAUGCGGUUCUACAGCGCCAACACGGCGUUCAAGGCUAGUGGGCGCCAGCCAGUGCAUAUCGAUAUUGAUUUCGACAUGCCUCGUGUGCCGUUUGCGUUCUGCGUGAAUGUUAAUCUUGUGGAGACGAGUGCGGAGAAUGGAGCGACGGAGGUGUGGUUGGGGAGUCAUGCUGAUACUGAUCGGUCUGUCAUUGAUCGCGGGUCGGAGCAUGGGGGUGUCAGGCAGGAUCUAUUGGAUGAGAGGAGGAAGAUUAGUCCUGGGAUUCAGCCUGGUUUACCUAAGGGGUCUUUAAUUAUUCGGGAUCUCAGGUUGUGGCAUUCCGGUAUGCCGAAUAGGACGGAUGACCCGAGGGUCAUGUUGGUUUCUAUUCAGUUUGCGAGUUGGUAUAAGAAUAAUCAGAAAUUUAGAUUGCCGCGCAGUUUGGAAGGGAAGGUUGACUGGGGGCGCGUGGUGCCUUGUGUGGAGUGGGUGGACGAUGGGUUUGAUUACUUGCAGGGCGCUCAUGAUCAUGACUUUGCACCGCUGCCAUAG